GCAUUCCAAGUCACCGCGAAAAGCUCUGUGGCCUGUGCGUGGUCUCCCCCCCCCCCUCUUCCUUUCCCCUCCCACAGCCGCCUCCCCUCCCCCCUCCCUGCGGACGGACGAGGACCUCACCACGUCUGUGACGCAAUGCGCUUUGCUGACUGGCUAGCGCGCCAAGACACGCGAUACUCCGCCGCUGGACAAUAGCUCGUCAUAAGACACCGAGACGCCAUUCUCCCGAGUGCACGGAUAUCAUACUAACCUCAAACUCGUUGCAGCGCCGGCCUACUUAAGAUACUCAACGACAAACGAAAAUGUCUGGAAGCACCGAUUGGAAGUCAGCAUCUACCAUCUACGACUUCACGGCACGAGACAUCCAGGGCAAUGACGUGUCCCUGGAGAAGUACCGCGGUCACGUCUGCAUCAUCGUCAAUGUCGCUUCCAGGUGCGGCCUCACUGCUACCAACUACAAGGAGCUGGUGGAGCUGCAGAAGGAAUACGGCGAUAGCAAGGGCCUGCGUAUCCUGGCGUUCCCGUGCAACCAGUUCAACGGCCAGGAGCCGGGAAACAGCGAGCAAAUAGCCUGCUUCGCGCUCAAGACGAUGGGCGCCACCUUUGACCUCUUCGAAAAGGUGGAGGUCAAUGGUGACAGUGCUCAUCCCCUAUGGAAAUUCCUGAAGAACAAGCAGCCGGGGACGCUGGGCAACUUCAUCAAGUGGAACUUCACCAAGUUUGUAGUCGACCGCGACGGCAAUCCAGUGGCCAGGUUCGCGCCCACGACGGAGCCCAAGAAGAUGGUGGACACGCUCAACAAAUUUUUCUGAGCCGGACUGGGGGGCUUUCGGCGUUCAGGCGGUUCCUGCCAAUCGCCUCUGUUCCAUGGGGACAGUAGAAUUCAUGCGUACAAAUGCUGUUACACUUUAAACUUCUCACAGGGACUGUCAAAGCACAUUCGAGACUGUUUUCUGUCUGCACGUUGAAGCGAGAUUAUUUAGCGUAGACAUUUUGGGAAGGGGGAGGGGAGUGGAGUCCUUCAAGAAGCUGUACUGAGACGAACAUAGAAUUGUUUUCAGAGACAUAUGUCAGAAACGCUCAUCCAUUGUGUAAACUAAACUAAAAUUGCGAACAUUAUACAUCUGGUAUCUAAUAUCGUUUUUAAGCUUUUUCACUUUGAAAUUAUAUUGAAAUAUAUGUAUUAUUAAAGUCUGUAGUCAUCGUUUCGAAGAUAUUAAUGCAAGUGUAUGAUGCUGACCAUAAAGUCAUCUAGACUGUUUUCCAUCUCUUACUGCAUCCUGAUUUCUAGUGGGUGAAUUCUAUUUUGUGAAACCUUGAGCAGUAAAGGAAAGCAUUACAACGUCGUGUGUCUUGAAAAUCAUCAAUUUUAUGGUUGGACUGAAACCUCCUUGAGUUUGGAUCUGUAUCCUUUAAAAAACUGAUGCAACAUUAUUAGCCACUUUGAAUAGAUAAUAUCUCGCUGUAGAAUUGAUACGAUUUAGCAAUUAUAAAUUUUACUGUGAGUUUGAGUUCUUAAUAAACUACAUGUACAACCACAAAA